AUGGCGGCAGGGAAGGAUGUCGAUGAAAACACACAAAAUAGAAGAGGUACAUGCAGCAUGGUGAUCAAUCGUGAGGAAUCACCAGGGGGCUCUCAUGCUGGCCGACCACCGGUCAUCUUCAACCCAGAUUUUUUUGUUGAGAAGCUCCGCCAUGAAAACCCAGAUGUUUUCCUAGAGUUGGUGCUAAGCAACAUUACUCGCCUUAUAGAUCUUCCUGGGACAGAGUUUGCCCAGCUCCUCGGCGAGGAGAGCCCUAAAACCCCAACAGGUGGAAACGGAGGCUUUUUCCGUUCUUUCAACUUCCUCAAACGCAAAGAUAAAGGUGUUGUGUUUGGGACCCCACUGACAGAAAGCUGCAUUGCUCAGAUCUACCAGCUUAUUGAGUACCUCAGCAAAAAUCUGCAUGUGGAGGGGCUGUUUCGGGUCCCUGGGAAUAGUGUUCGGCAGCAGACCUUGAAGGAGCUUCUCAACAGCGGGGCUGACGUCGACCUGGAAUCUGGAGACUUUCACCCCAAUGAUGUGGCCACACUGCUCAAGACUUUCCUGGGGGAGCUGCCAGAGCCCCUGCUGACACACAGACACUUCCACGCACACCUUAAGAUAGCUGACAUGACUUUGUUUGAUGAACAAGGCAACAAGACUGCGCUACCCAACAAAGAGCGUCAAGUCGAGGCCCUGCAGCUUCUCUUCUUGUUGCUACCUCAGGCCAACCGCUCUCUGCUCAAACUGUUGCUCGACUUGCUCUACCACACUGCCAAACAGCAAGACAAAAACAAGAUGUCCGCCUUCAACUUGGCCCUCAUGUUUGCACCACACGUCCUCUGGCCCAGACAUAUGACAGCGGGUGACCUUAAAGACAAUCUGAAGAAACUGAACAACAGCAUGGCUUUUCUCAUCAAACACUCACAGAAGCUCUUCAGGGCUCCAGUCUACCUGCGGGAAUAUGCUCGAGUGCACUUCACUGGGACCAAGGUUCUGCAGACCAAGGAUGAUCUGGACCUGUUGGCGGCAAGCAGCUCUCCUGCUCAGCGGACGGUGUUGCCUCUGAAGAGGGCAGCUGCACUGGUCCCCGGCGCUCAGGAGCAGUGUCAGUCACCAGCUCAACAAUACACAGAAGAAGCCCUGAAGGAGCUCUUCAGACACGUCCACCACAACAUGCCGGACUCUGCUAAGAAGAAGAAACUUGUCCGACAGUUAGUCAAACAGACAACCUCAGGGACACCUACCAAUGAGCACCGUCAGGCUCCCCCAGCUCCCACGAAGAAACACCCCCGCUCCCGCUCCUUUGGCGGCCUCAUCAAGCGCAAAGCUCGAGGUGAGCAGCUGACAGCAGAGAGGCGGGUCCGAUACGUCUCCCCAGAUGCUGUCACCAGAGCAGGAAGAAAAUGUGGAAAAGAGAACGUUACCCUGCAAGCGGUUAACAGCCCAUUAAAUGGUCCUGUAUUGGGGAAAGCAGGACUGGUAGUAAAAAACCCAGAUUUUGCUUUUCAUAAAGACAAAGGUGUGAAGGUUUCCAAGCAGGACUCUCCCUCGGUGUCCAGGAUGUGUUUCUCUCCUCCUCAGGAGAUCUCACUCUGAAACUCGAUGCCUCCUUUUCAUCUCAGACACGACUUGGGCAGUAUUAUUAUUAUUCCUCAUGUUUACUUUAGUGCCUUCAUUGUAGUAAGUCUAUUUUAACUGUGACUAAUAUACAGCAGUGCUAACCUGAGCCAGUUCAGCCAAACCAAACCAGAAACUUGUUCUGGUGACCGCAGGACAUUCAGAGACUGCUGAUGAAGUGGUGCCAGCAGUUGAAUGAUCAGCUGUGGUUUAAAAGAUGUUCUCUAUGGAUAUCGGCUAAACAGCUAAAGUGGAGACUGCAGAUUAUUUAAAACAUUAAAAUCUCUUUAAAAAUUACCCAUUUGUGUUUUUAGACUGUACAAUGCAAUUAUUUAAGUCAAUUUUUUCAGUACUUGAGGAGCGAAUUUGGUCAAUUUUUAGUCAGCUUUAUUAUGUUUUGUUUUGUUUUCUUCUUUCUGGUACGCAUAUUUAAUAUUAUUGGAUGUAGAGCUGCACAAUAUGACUUAUUCUCAGAAUGACAAUGUGACACAUUUUCUUCAGGAAACUGAAAAAUUUGCACACUACCAUUCAAAGGUUUGGGGUCACUUAGAAAUGUCCUUAUUUUUGAAAGAAAAGCAGAAGAUAACAUUAAAUGAAUGAUAAAUACAGUCUAGACAUUGUUAAUGUGAUAAAUGACUAUUCCAGCUGGAAAUGGCUGAUUUUAAUGGAAUAUCUCCAUAGAGGUACAGAGGAACAUUUCCAGCAACCAUCACUCCUGUGUUCUAAUGCUACAUUGUGUUAGCUAAUGGUGCUGAAAGGCUGAUUGGUGAUUAGAAAACCCUUAACCUUUGAACGGUAGUAGAUAUUGAAGAAUAUUCUUUGACCACCCUGUGGCUCACAAUAUGAUCUCCUCAAGGAUAAUAAUUUUAAUUGUGCUAAACUAGUCACUAUAAGCUUUAACAAUAACAGUGCUGUGUGGUGCUAAAUGUUAGCUAUAGCUGAGCUUUACCUGAAUGUGAACGAUGAAGUCAAAUGAUCACCAGGGUGGUUGCUUUGGUUUGGCUUCGCUGGUUCUGGCCUGCUUGUGCCAGUAAUAACUUGAAACUUGUAUUUUAGCUACUGUAUGAGAAUCUAUGACCACUAGCUAGCUGAGCUUACAGUCUGCUGUUGUGUAGAACAUGUAUACAUGUUGUACAGUAUGUGUGGGUCUGUGUUUUUACACCUUUAAACUUGUUCUUACUUUUUUGGUACGUUGUGUUGUGACUCUUGUCACUGGAUGAUGAUUGGGUGGUAAUUUCCUGGUGGUGAUCUGCUGAUCCAGAAUCAAUGAGCAGCUUACUUUAUUUUUCUCAUGUUUCAUCCUGAUAUGAAAAACAUGAUUAAUUAUUGAUAAUCUUUGUUACUCUCAUGGGUUUAUCAGUUAAGGGGAUCCCUGGUUGUGAAUUUGUUGAAUAUGAAAUGUUACAUUCCUCGAGUGUCUGACUAGUCUUCCGGUAUUUUUAAAAACUUUUUUUUUUUAAAUCUUUCUUCAGCACGAUCAUGAAAGGGUUGUUUGUUUUAAUUUAAAGAAAAAAAAGUGGUUGAGAUGUUUGUUGAUGGUGUAAAUGAAAGUUGACAGAGGGUUUUUUGUAUGUACACUAGUGUUCAAAAGUUUGGGGUCCCUUGGAAAUGUCCUUUUUUUUUUUUAAAGUAAUGCAGCAUUUUUCAAUGAAAAUAAGAAUAAAUGAAUCAUAAAUCCAGUCUAGACAUUGUUAAUGUGCUAAAUGACUAUUCUAGCUGGAAGCGGCUGAUUUUUAAUGAAAUAUCUACAUGGGAGUACAGAGGAACAUUUCCAGCAACCAUCACUCCUGUGUUCUAAUGCUACAUUGUGUUAGCUAAUGCUGUUGAAAGGCUCAUUGAUGAUUAGAAACCUUUUUGAAGUUAUGUUAACACAUGAAUAAAAGUGUGAGUUUUCAUGGACAACAGGAAAUUGUCUGGGUGACCCCAAACCUUUGAACAAUAGUGUUUAUUUUGGCAGAAAUGAGCAGUAACCUUUUAAAGUCUGGUCAUUACUUCUGAAUUUUGGUCUAGUAUUGGACCAUAAACUGUGCAGAGAAUGGGUCAUACUUGUGGCAAAUCAUGAAUCUGAUUUAACUUUAUACUAUUCUUAUAGCACAAUAUAUUAAGACACAUGCAAAUUGCAGUCAUCUGCCAGUACAAACCAUUUCUGUUAUGUAAAGUUGACAAAUGUAUAUGAGUAAAAAGAAACAUUUGUAAUUUACAGGAGAAAUUCAACAACUUUUACAGGACAUGGAGCACGGCCAUAAAGGUUUAGUAAAGGGAAAAGAGGCAGCUUUCCACUGCAGGAAGUCAGGGCAGGUGCAAGGUGGUGCAGAUGUUUACAGGAAAGACCCACUAAAUGACCCUUCAUUGUUAUGUUAAGUCAGAGUCCACCAAAAGUAAUGAUAUAAAGUAGUUAGUUGAUGUAUCUCCAGUUCUAUGAGCAUGUACGUAACAGAACAAUGGAGGUUUGUUUCUUAAUUUAUAGGAUGACAUUUAUAUUACUGAUGCUUUAGAGGAGGCGACUGCUACAUAGCAAGGACAUAGUGUAGUAAAAAAUAAUUAACUCACUACAGAAGUGUUACUUUUGCUCCUAUAACUGUUGGUUUCUUCAGCUUCACUCUUUAUGGCUUGACUUAACUGAUGUCUGCUCAUUUCUUUUUUUGUAUUGUGUGUACAGAUGCACCGGUUCCGGAUUUUCUGCGCUGAGAUAUAAAUGACUUUGGCAUGUUUCUCAAACUCCUACAGCUGGAAAUCAGCUCAGCGACACCUGAGUAGUGACAUGGGCCCAAGUUGGCUCUGUGGUCACUAGUUAUUACAGAAACUGACAGUAAUAGAGACACAUAUUUUAUUCAGUUGUAAUGUUUUCAUAGAGGAUACUUGUUGGUGUUGGAAAUACGCUACUGGUGCAUUUUGUUUUGAAGGUGUUGUGGAUGUUGUACUGAUGGGUUUGCUGGAAGUAACCGAAAGACCUUUUUUACUUUUGUUAAUGUCAUAUUUUUAAUGAUCUACACGGGACUUUUUGUUUGUUUUUUUAAUUUUUUUAACCUGAAUUGGGAUUUUUCCAUGUGGUCUCACAACACCGGCGCUCCUCUUCCAACUGCAGUUUUAGAAAACUGUCUGAAGGGAAGAGUUGCUUUGGACUCGACAAAAUGAGCUACAUUAAGGGCCCACUGAUUUAGAACUUUUUUGAAAAAAAAAACCAAAAGUGGCUUUGUUUUUGGAUUUUUUUGUCAUAUGUCUCAUCUUUUUCUUGUUUUGUUUCUCAUUUUUGUUGUUUUGUGUUUCCUCUUUGGUUUGUGCUUUUUGUCUUAUUUUUGGCAUUUUGUGUUUCGCUUUUGUUGUUUAUUUUUUUGUUGUUUUGUUUCUUGCUUUUGCCAUUUUUGUCAUUUUGUGGUUUUUUUUAUCUCGCUUGUCAUUUUUUUGUCGCUUUGUAACAUUUUUGUAUAAUUUUUUGUCUCUUUUUUUUGUUUUGUUUCAUGCUGUUUUUCUCAGUUGUGUUACUCAAAUGGGAACCGUUGCAUUCUGUAUGAUACUGUUUUAUAUUUAAAACACAAAAUGCCCCUCAGCCUUGUUUUGACAUGGUUUGUUUGGUCGGUUUCUACUUGCUGGUCACUGAGUAAUUAUUCUCUACACUGUGAGAGCAGCAGUGGGUGGAAUUGUUUUGUUUGUUUGACAGAGAAACUUCAGUUGCACCUUCUUUCUUAACAAGGAUCGAUGUUACACUGUAAUUUGCCCAUGCUGAAUUUGUAAUUCUUCUUUCUCAUUAGUCUAAUUGCUCCAUAGUCCUGAUGAAGCUGUGUGUAACUGUUGUACCAUCUGGUUGAAACUGUGGUGAUUUGUUUUUUUUGUGUGUGUAUUUUAGUGUAAAAUAAGUUAACCCUGUACAGCAGAUUAAUUGCCGAACCAUCAGCUUGGGAUUAAAACCUUUUUUUU